UUUUUCAGAGGGUAAACUGCGAGGCCCCGUUGGUCGACAGCAGCGCGCUGCCUCUGGAACACAGAUCGGUUUACGGUCCACCGGCGCAGUAUGGCCCUCCAGCGACGCACGCCGCCGAGGAGAAUUGGCCUCUCGCUUCCCCGGACACGCCUCAAAUAAAACACCUGCAGGUGCAAUGCGAGAAAACGCACAUGCGAGUGAACAUCGAGUUCGACAGGCCGUUUUACGGGAUGAUAUUCAGCAAGGGUUUCUACUCGGACCCGCACUGCGUCCACUUGAAACCGGGCACCGGCCACCUCAGCGCAACGUUCGAGAUCUUCUUGAACUCGUGCGGGAUGAGCUCGUCGGCGAAUCACAAUGUGGCGGCUUACGGGGCGCCGACGCCAUCAGGCAGUUACGUGGAGAACACCAUAAUCGUCCAGUACGAUCCGUACGUGCAGGAGGUCUGGGAUCAAGCCAGGAAGCUACGUUGCACCUGGUACGACUUCUACGAGAAGGCAGUUACGUUCAGACCGUUCCAAGUGGACAUGUUGCACGCCGUCACCGCUAAUUUCCUUGGCGACAAUCUGCAAUGCUGGAUGCAGAUCCAAGUUGGCAAAGGGCCAUGGGCCAGCGAGGUGUCCGGUAUAGUGAAGAUAGGGCAAACGAUGACCAUGGUCUUGGCUAUUAAGGACGAUGAGAAUAAGUUUGACAUGUUGGUGAGGAAUUGCGUCGCUCACGAUGGCAAGAGGGCACCUAUUCAGCUGGUGGAUCAAUAUGGCUGCGUGGUUAGGCCGAAGAUUAUGUCCAGGUUCCAAAAGAUAAAGAACUUCGGCCCAAGCGCCUCCGUUGUCAGCUUCGCAUACUUCCAAGCCUUCAAAUUCCCCGACAGUAUGAACGUCCACUUCCAGUGCGUGAUACAAGUGUGUCGUUACAACUGCCCGGAGCCGAAAUGUGGACAUCCUGGAUUAGAAUACGGUGCCCCUGCUGCGGCUCUCGCUCAGGAAUACGGUGCACCGGUUCAUCAGAGUCUCGGUGCCGAAUACGGAGCACCACCAGUACCUGAAUACGGUGUACCACCGGCAUUCGCUGAUCCUCGGCACCCUAGUGGGCCCGCUGGAGCUUACAGUGAACAGAACGCGGAUGUAGUACCAGCGCCACAAGCUCAAACCUCGUCCUCUUCGCCAAGUUCGACGCCGGGAGAUGCGACGGCCAGUAGCUCGCCACAAAGUCCGCAAGAUAACAUUCACCUUCCUCCACCUCCUCUUCCUGGUCAUCCAGCAGGAGCCUAUCAUACGGUGAAGAGAAAGGGAACCGCCGGUUCCGAGGAGCUCGAGGGUAACCUGGCCACCCUCGGAGGUCGGCCGAGGUCGGUUGAAGGUUUUCCAGCUGAGCUUAGAGGUGCCAGAAGACGAAGAUCCAGCGACGAAAUUCUGGAAGAUGAGGACUCCAGUAUCUACCGGACGGUCACCUUGGUCUCGAGCCACGUGUACAAGCGAGCUGCCCAAGAGAUGACCGACGUGAACACCUCGAGAACGAUUCAAGUGGUGGCACCGGGCGACGUGAACUUCGCCCUGGGCACGACGAAUUCCAGCAACGACACCACCGUCGUCAUACAAAACGCCAGCGCGUCCACCGAUCCCGAAACGAUCUGCAUGAGCCUGCCAGGUUUCGUCGGCGGCCUCGUGAUGCUGCUCCUCGUUGUGGUCGUCGCGUCCCUCGUCGCCGCGUUCCUGUUCGUUAGGGUGCGCGCCGUCGACCGGAAGAACAUCGUGGCCGGAAGCGGCUUCGUUCAUCCGGCGUACGCGGCGGAGAACUGCAGCGUGCCGAACCCGGAAUUCGUGAAGGUGGCCAACUGAGACGUCGCGACGAUGACGAACGAGAGAGGACGAUUUUUUUUCCCCUCGGUUGGCUGGAAUAUAUAUAUAUAUAUAUAUGUUCGUUUAAUUUCAACGGCCGAGUUGCCUCGGACAUUCUCUCCGUUCUUUCGGUAUUUCCUCCCUCUCACAACAUCCACCACAACUGGAAUUCAGCUUCUCUACCCACUUCAGCUCCUCUCUUCUCCUUAGUCGAAUCUUAUUGUUGAUCGAUCGAACGCGCGGUUCCUUCGGUCGAGCUCGCUUGAACGAAAGAACAGACGGAAUGCUCGGGCGUAUCGUGUAAAUAAGCGCGCUAGAAACGCGUGAAAGGUGUGAAGGAGGAUGAAUCAAAGAAUGUUGUAGAGUGACGCGUGUAGGAGGACGUUUCACCUGCCGCGAUCGUCACGAUCGCUGCCAUCAAUUUCUCUCCACAUCCAUACCUUCCUCUUCCGUCUACAAACUCCGUGGAAACUAGCUUCGAGAGCUAUUUGCAGAAGAUGGAACGCCACCAUUUGAUUUUGAUAAUUCUUUUUCUGAUCACUCGUCCAGGUUGUUUAUUAACCUGAAUGAGGAUCACAGUCGAGGAAUUGUCGUUUAUUGGAAAUUUUUUAAUAAUAAUAUGUAUGUGUUUAUAUUUAUAUAAAUUAUUUAAUAAUA